UCACGUGGCUAUAGAAACCAAAGUGCAAACAAUCAUGGCGUUAAAGUCUCAACACGAUCUAAUCACGUGACUGGUUUCCACGAGGAAGAAGACGAUCCCCCUAUACUCACAGUGCGUAUCGAAACCCUAGCCCUAGCAAAUCGAUCCAACAAUAUGGUCAACAAACGAGUUCCAGAGUGGCUCAACAGCUCCAUGUGGUCCUCUCCCACCACCAGCCACCCUCCACCACCACCUAAAUCACAAUCCAAACCGCAAUCGCCACCGGAUUCUCCCUCGCAUGGUAAUCACACUUCAAAACCUCCGUCUGUUGCUUCCUCCGAAACUUCUGUCAACGAACCGCGUGAAUCGCCACCGUCUCCUGGUUUAGUUACAACCAGAUCGCCGUUUAAAUCCGGUCCGGCUGGACCGGUUCAGACGGUUCAGAGGACUGAGGUUAGGGAUCCGGUGGUUAGUAGCGGUAGUAGUGAUAAUGAAAUUAGUCCUCGUGAAGAUGCUUCUCGUCAGGCGCAGCUGUUGCAAGAGCUUUCAAAGAAGACGAUAAAUAUGGGAGAGCUGCAGAGACUUGCUUCACUUGGUAUUCCAGAUGGUGCUGGCAUUCGUUCGACUGUGUGGAAGCUGUUGUUAGGAUAUCUUCCCAGAGACAAGGGGGUUUGGCCAUCAGAAUUGGCCAAGAAGAGGUCUCAGUACAAGAGUUUUAAAGAGGAUCUUUUGAAGAAUCCUUCAGAAAUCACUAGGAAAUCGGAAGAGUCUACAUCUUCUCAAAAUGGCGAAGACAAGGGUUUACUCUCAAGGUCAGAGAUACCUGAGGGGGAGCAUCCUUUGAGUCUAGGGGAAACAAGUGUCUGGAAUCAAUUCUUUCAGGACACUGAGAUCAUUGAACAGAUAGACCGUGAUGUAAAGCGCACACAUCCAGACAUGCAUUUUUUCUCUGGUGACUCAGCUUCUGCAAAAGCUAAUCAGGAAGCUUUGAAAAAUAUUCUGAUUAUAUACGCAAAGCUUAACCCAGGUAUAAGAUACGUGCAAGGAAUGAAUGAAAUUUUGGCUCCCUUGUUCUAUGUUUUCAAGAAUGAUCCCAAUGAGGACUUUGUGGUAAAUGCUGAAGCAGACACGUUCUUCUGUUUUGUCGAGUUGUUAAGCAGUUGUAGAGAUAAUUUCUGUAAGCAACUUGAUAAUAGCGUUGUUGGCAUUCGCUCAACAAUUUCAAAGAUGUCACAGCUCUUGAAACACCAUGAUGAAGAGCUAUGGCGGCAUCUUGAACUCACAACUAAAGUCAAUCCGCAGUUCUAUGCGUUUAGAUGGAUCACACUUCUGUUGACCCAAGAAUUCAAUUUUGCUGACAUUCUUCACAUAUGGGACACGCUCUUAAGUGACCCAGAAGGUCCUCAGUUGCAGGAGACGUUGCUUCGGGUAUGUUGCGCGAUGCUGAUUCUCGUUAGGAGGCGUUUGCUCGCAGGGGAUUUCACUGCAAAUCUGAAGCUGCUACAAAGUUACCCGUCAACAAAUAUCAGUCAUUUGCUUUAUGUUGCCAACAAGCUACGUUCUUGAUUAUCAUGUUGCAUAAUCUAUUUUCUGUAAAUCUGUCAGCAAGUAUUAGCAGUGGAUUUUUCGUAUUUUACUUCAAGAUUGGUACUUGUCUUGAACUCUGGCAACCUUGGGUUGCAAGUUUCUUUUAUCAGGUGACUUGGGUUGUAAGUUUUUCUGUGAGGUGGUACAUGAUGUGUUUGAUUUA